UCAUAUUCACGUUCUUUCUGUUUCUUAUAGUGCCUGUCUCUCUCUAUCUGUCUCUUUCCUUCAUUGCGUUUAUCAGUUUUCACUCGGCACACGGUCGCUUUCGACACGCCGAGCGUUUUCUGAUUCCUUGAUUUACAAACGGUGACUUGUAUAUUUGUACAUACAUGUGUAUAUAUAUAUAUAUAUAUAUUUCUAUCAUAAUACCAAGAAGACAGAAAGAAAACAAGUUGGACAUUCAUACAUUUUAAAGCAAUCCUAACGGGAAAGAAAAAAAAAACUAACGAAACAUUUAAUUUUGCUCCGGAAUUUGGAUAUAUAUGUACUGUAUAAAUAUAAAUACAUAUAUCCUUAGAGGAAUUACCGAUUUUCUUCAUCUCUAAACCAUUUGGACACUGUCUACUUUCUUUUACAUUCUUGUUGUUGUAAACACUUCUGAUAAUUUAUGUAUAAUUUUGGACCUGGUAUGUUUAAUUAAACAUAUCUCAGAAAUUAAUACUUUUAAGAACAGAAGACAACAACAGAAAUACAAGAUCGCUUUACUGUGUGAUUAUUAUAUGAAGUUUUGCUUUGGUCAUAAUUUUUUUGGCAGAAGAUCGGAUUUGUGCCGAGUUGGAGGAAGACACAACAUAUCAGCUUCUACAUACUUACGCUUUAAAAAAGACUUUUUGAGGAAUUCAUUCAUUUGAAAAUUUUCCUCUCACUAUUUCAUCGGAAUUAUUUACCCGUCGUUUUCUGUUUUUUAAACUUUAUUUUGUUAAAUUGUCAAAAGAACUAGGAUUUUUCAUAUUGUGCGUGUGUGUUGCUGCUGUUUUGUUUCGCGACUUCUCUACAAUUUAAUGUAUAGUUUUGAUCCAUCGACGAAAAUAAUACACGAACAUAUUUUUUAAGAAUAUUAACAUUUUCUUUUCCUCACAUCUCGAGCAAUUUACAGACAUACACUCAUCUGUGAUGUUAUAUCAUAUUUUAAGAUCUCUUUCACGGAAAGACCCUAUCUUGUAUUAAUAUUCAGUCAAGCAGAAUAUCGCUCCUUUCUGAUAUUUUUAUUGAUUAUUGUUGUUAUUUGUGUUUGAAUAAGAAAACAUUUAUUUCCCUCUAAGUGGUGGACAAUCCCCCGCCGGCUAUCCAAUAACAUCAUUGCCACCCACACUAUCACUGUCUGUCGUCAUCAUCUUCGUCUAUAACAACAUCUUCGUUACCGAAAUACAUUAGUAGUAGCAGACACAAUCAUUUCAUUCAUUCAUUCAUUGCCACUUCUACUAGUAGGAUUGGUUUUGGUUGGCUGCUAUUACCGUUAGUAGUAAUAGAACUGAUACAACCAAUUACUACUGUAGUAGUAUUAUUCGUGUCUUUUAUAUUCUCCUUCCAAUGAACCCGUUCACCCUGUGUCCUUGGACUCAAAAUUCCAGGUGGGGUUCAAUGUUAUAUUAACUUUUGCCGACAUAGACCAUCGCCAGUUACCUUGGAUUCCGGUCAUACAUCAAUAUCUGUUCUAUGCUAUUUCGUUCCACCAUUUUCGUUCCACUGUCUUUAGAAAUCCAUUCUAUUCUUGCAUUUCUAUUUAUAGACAUUUAUUACCUUUAGCUCUCUCUCUCCCCCUCAUUUAAAAUUCUUGGUCAACAACAUUUUAUCCGUCGCACGACAACCAGCUUUCUCAUUUCCUCCAUCAUGUAAAAUUUAACUUUCACAUUACAUUGACACUAUAAUUUAAAAUAACUUAUCCUUCCGUAACGUUAGAAUUCGUUUUAACAUUUGCCACUGCCAUUAUUUAUGUACUUUAAUAUAUUAAUUUAUAUUCCUUAUUCAAUGAAAUGUCAUCGUAGAUCAUAAUUUCAAAGCACCCCAAAACUAGUUUACAUUAAUGUCUAGAUGACCUUCUCCGACACUCCAUUUAUACGUACAUUUUUAUUAUUUGUCACCUUAUAAAAUUAUAUUUUUAUGGCACCUUGUCGCUUUUUAGUGUUGUCUAGUAGUCGUAGUCACCAUCUAAUUUCGUGUCAUUUGAAAUGCAUUCCGUCCACCUUCCUAUUGAUUAGGUUGGAUAAUGUUAACUGCUGUUCUGGUGCUAGUCUGUGAAUCUUGGAAUCAUGCUGUUUUUGUGUACACAACACUUGCCUUAGUUUUGUUAAUUAGCCGCUAUGGCACUGUUCUCACUCGUCUGAUACUCUUUCAAACCUGGUGGAACAACAAGAAUAUUAUCAACGCACACUCCUCCUCCGUUGGCAAAACACAUUUAAAGGUACCUGGCUCAACUUACAACAAGUGGACCACAUCAUCUGCUCAAACAGAAUCAUCAACUGAAACCUUAUCCUCUGAGACUGAUCAAAGAGAGGUUAAAACAGAAUUAGCAAAUAAAUAUUUAUCAAAUUGCUUUAAAAAGUUGGGACUAAGAAAAGAAUUUUACAAGACAAAAAUGUUACUGGAAAAUAUCCUUAUUCAAGAUUCUAUGCUGUUUGGCAAAAUCUUUUCUAAAGAUAAACCAGAACUAGAUGAGCCAUCUGCAGAAAUGGUAGCUAAUCUACCAUCUAUAAUUAUUGAUCAUGACAAUGAUCUCUUUUUUGAACAUUUAUCAGCAUUUACUCAAAUGGUGAACAAAGAAACUGAUUGGUUUCAGCAUCAUUCUAGUGAACCACAACUAUCCUGCUCCUCUUCUUCCUCCUCCUCUUUAUCAUCUCAGUGGCUAGGGGCACUUAAUGGUGAUGACUCCUUUUAUGAGAGGCUUCCAGCUUCACUACCAUCUACACCUUUACGCCAGCGCUUGGCUAAUUCCCUAGAUUCAGUUGGAAACUCUGUCUUCUCUUCAUCAUCUUCACCCCUUACAAGCUGCAGUGAAGAGGACAUUAAAAUUCUACAACAGCAAUAUAUAGCUGCUUGUCUGGAAAAAAAAUUGAAAGAUCUCCAUAAACAGUCGAAAGAGAACUCUGAGUAUCAGCUUGGAGACCGUAACAACAAUGGCAGUGUUGUUAGCUCUAACAAUUUCUGCACCAAACCAGAACAACCCUCAAGUGAUAGUAAUAACUCCUUGUGUAACCAUUCCUCAUGUCAGAAGCACAGGAAGUGCUGCUGUCCAAAUGCCAAUUAUUCAACUUCACAAGAACUUCAAUCACCCCAUCACAAUUCUCCACCAAAAAAAAUGAAGAUCAAUAAAAAACUUAGGAACCCUUUAAAGAAAAUUAACAAAACGGUAACCCUUUACCGAAAAAUGCCUCUUCGGUCGCUGUCUCGCUUAUGGGGAAAAGUAAACCAACUAGAUCUGCCUGUUUUCAUGCGGAUACCUGUAUUUCGGAUAUACAUUUGGGCAUUUGGCUGCAACAUUGAAGAAGCAGAGGAAGAGGACUUGAAAACGUAUCGAAAUCUUGGCGAAUUCUUCCGCAGAACUUUAAAACCUCAAGUGCGGCCAAUUGAUGACAUACAUUUAUUGACAAGUCCUUCAGAUGGUACUAUCACACAUUUCGGUCGAGUGGAGAAUGGUGUUAUCAAGCAAGUAAAAGGAGUGAACUUUUCUGUUGAGGGUUUCAUUGGACCAGUUAGUUGGAAAUCCCCAUUUUCAUCAUCGUCAUCUUCAUCCUCAUUAUCAUCAUCAUCCUCACAAUCAUCUUCACCAGACUCUUCAUCAAUGUCCUCUUCCUCCUCUUUGUCAUCAUCAUCUCUUCGAGAGGACAUAAACAACAGUCAUAAUAAUGUAAAUGCCCACAUUGACCAAAACCAGAAGAUUCUUUCCCAGCUGAUCCAUCCAGAUAAUGUAUUAUAUCAUUGUGUUAUUUACUUGGCACCCGGAGACUAUCACCGCUUUCAUUCCCCUACAGACUGGAUAGUUUACUUCCGAAGACAUUUUCCAGGUGAAUUACUGAGUGUACAUCCUGGUAUGGCACGGUGGAUCAAAGGACUAUUCAACCUUAAUGAGCGUGCUAUGUAUGUAGGACUUUGGAAACAUGGAUUUUUUUCGAUGACCGCUGUAGGGGCUACCAACGUCGGUUCCAUCCGUAUUUAUAAUGAUCAUGAACUUGCCACAAAUACAUGGAAAAAACCAGAUGGUAAUAACACUGACAAGUAUUUACCAAAUGAACAAAGUCCUGGAAUUGAAGUUGGGAAAGGUGAUCUCUUUGGUGAAUUCAAUUUAGGUUCCACCAUUGUUCUUAUUUUUGAGGCUCCUAAGGAUUUUACAUUCAACGUGGAGCCUGGACAGAGAAUAAAAUAUGGUGAAGCCAUUGGAACAUAGCAUUUGCAUGACCAGUUGGAAUUAAUUUGUGACCAGAAACAUGCUGAGAAGAUCAAUAUGUUAGGCAGGGAGGAAAAUGAUUUUAAACAAUGAGUCAGAUUUUCAAGCUUCCCUACAGAUUUUUGACAAUGAAACCAAGAUUGUAUGUGUUAAAACCGGACCAUAUGUUUAUGGAAAAAUUUUUAGGUGCAGGAGAGAGAAUCGAAAUUAGACAAAAUAAACAAAUAAAUAGAUAAAACAGCCAAGAAAACAAUUAACAAAAUGUUAUUUUCAGUCAAUGAGAAAGAUAAAAUCUAUACCUCACCAAAUUGAA